UGCUCCGUCGGCGUCGUUCCAUCAUCAUCUAUGAGUCAACAGGCCGCAGGGAAAAAUUGACGGAAUGUGUCAUUGAUGAAGCGGAAAUGCCAGGAAAAACAGAAAUCCUCCCAACGAUUGACGAGUGCUCGGCCAAGGCGAAGGACCAUUACAAGCUCGUUGUCCUGGGAGAUGCCAAGGUUGGGAAAACCUCAAUAAUCCAUCGAUUCCUAUACGACAAGAUGCCGGCCAAGUACCGCGCAACAGUUGAAGAGUUCCAUCAAGGCGAAUUCGAUAUGAAUGGUACCUCCUUGACUCUAAACAUUGUCGACACCUCCGGGACAUAUCCCUUCCCUGCAAUGCGCAGGUUAGCCAUCACCACGGGCGAUGCCUUCGUCCUCGUGUAUGGCAUCGACAGUCAGGAAUCUUUCGAACAGGUCCGGUUGCUGAGAGACGAGGUCCUACAGUUCUGUAACAAGCGGGCUCAUAUCAUCGUCGUCGGGAACAAAUGCGAUCUCGAGGAACGUCGUCAAAUCAAGCGAGAAAUCGCAGAAACGCUGGUGGAAAUCGAUUGGGAACACGGAUUCAUCGAAGCAUCAGCCGAGAGGGGCGUCAACGUAAUUCAGACAUUCAAAAAACUCAUGAACAUAUCGAAAAUUCCGAUGGAGCUCACGCCGAAAGCGCUCGAGAAACAGCGACGCAAAUCCUUGCCUGUUCACAACACCCAGCCAACGAUGAAGGACAAAACGCUCCUGAAACGGAAUUCCUGCAACGUCUCGUAGACUUGAAACAGAAUCUUGAACGAGAGCAAGACUAUAUCGCAGUUUCAAUAGUACUAGUGUCCAAUAAAGAUUAUAUUUCUUUCUA